AUGGAGGUACUGCAGUGCGACAGCUGUGACUUCCGCGCCGAGUCGUACGACGAGCUCAAGUCGCACAUUCAGGAAGUGCACACGGCGUUCCUGCAGCCGGCGGAUGCUGAGUCCGACUCUGUGAAGGAGGAGGAGGAAGAGGAGGAGGAGGAGGAAGAGGAGAAACAUGAGGAUAAGGAUGACACAGAUUAUGCCCCUCCUAAAUCUGGACCCAGCCCCACUACUGAUGCUCCCAACCACAAGUCACCAAAGCAGACGGCCGAGUCGCUGCUGCCGUUUUUCCAGUGCAAGUUCUGCGUCCGUUACUUCCGCUCCAAGUCCUUCUUGACGAAUCACACCAAAAAAGUGCACAAUGUCACGGAGGACGACUCUGAUGAAUCCAGCCUGUCGUCAGAGGCUUCGCAGCAGCCCAUUGGCGACGCCACGCACAACGAGCAUCCAAAAGUGUUUUCCUGCCAGUAUUGCUCUUACACAACUCCACGCAAAGCAAGGCUAAUCAAACACACACUUAUGUAUCACAACAAAGAAGCUAAUUCCUCAGAACCGACAGAACCCAGCGAGAAAAGCACGUUCACAUGCGAAUGGUGCCCUUAUCAGACUGACCAGAGAGAUAGCUGGACUAGCCACGUGCUGAAGGAACACGGCGAUGAGGUCGGGGCGGCUGCCGAGCUGGAGGACGAAGAGGGAGGCGUCUCACCGGUUCAUUCCUCUGGCAGAAGCCCAAACACGAGUUCCCAGGAGGAGACUCUUGGACCAGCAUCAGAGACAAACCUGGAGAAGCCUGUUGCAGAGAUUUCGUCUUUCCAAUACGCCCAGAUCAACGCAGCCACACCAAACAGCACCGGGGCCUCGAUUCUGUCCAAGAAAUUCACCUCGGCUGACCUGUCCAAGAACGUGUCAGAGAUGGACAACGAGGAGGAGUCCUGUAGCAGCUUGGAGGAUGACGAUGAUGACGAUGAUCUGGGCGAUACGGACACGCCGAGUUACACUGGGACUCUGUCUGCGGACAUGAAGCUGCUGUUGUCUGAGGAGGACAGUAAGCUAAUGGAGACUAAAGGAGUCCCGUUCAGGAAGUACAUGAACAGAUUCCAGUGUCCGUUUUGCUCGUUCCUCACCAUGCAUCGCAGGAGCAUCUCUCGUCACAUAGAAAACAUCCAUCUGUCGGGUAAAGCCACGGUCUACAAAUGCGACGAAUGCCCUUUCACUUCUACGAGCGCGCUAAAAUUGGGAACCCACAAACAGACGCAUACAUCCUCCCAGUGCCAGAUGUUCGACCUGACCGGCGAUAGUCCGGACUACGAGAACGACAGCGGGACAGAGCCAGCGAAUGGAAAUAAUGUUAUCAUGAAAGUAAAUGGCGCCACGAUGACCAGCACACCCACCAACCAGCAAAACCCCUUCCGUUGCACCCUCUGCAGCUUCUCGACCACAACCCUGAAAGGUCUAAGGGUUCACCAGCAGCAUAAACAUUCGUACUGUGACGAUUUGGACGCCACUGUCUUUGAUGGUCAGUUGAAUGACCAGCUGGAGGAUUCGAACUCUUCCCCGAUGUUGCUGCAAAAGGCCCAGACCUCAAUUUUAGGACUGGCAACUAAAAAGCCGUUGGUAGCGGCGAAAAGAGCGAGGAAGUCCAUUAAUGACUUGCCUUUGGAUUUGUCCUCCGUUAAGAAAAGAACUAGGAUUGAUGAAAUUGCCAGCAAUCUUCAGAGUAAGAUAAGCCAAAGUCAACAGGACAUGGUCAUAAAUCUGGAUGACCUAGAUGACGAGGACGGGAUGGGAAAUCAUAGUAACGCUAACAUGGACGACAGAAAUCAUGACGGACAGAACACAGUCUUCGCCUAUAGUUCGCAGCUGGACCAGGAUUCUCCGCUGGCCCACGAUGGCGCACGACUAGGAAAGCGAAAGAACAACCCCAAACUAAAGCACCGUAGCCUCCCACUGUCCUUCACACUCUCGGACGAUAGCGAAAACACUUCAGUAAACGCUGGAGACACUCUGCAAGACAGUAGCGACUUUUCGGAAGAGACUGGCAACAUGCGUUUCUAUUGCAAACACUGUGACUACCACAACAAGUCGGCGAGAAGCGUCAGCACCCACUACCAGAGGAUGCACCCAUACAUCAAGUUUAGCUUUAAGUACAUUCUCGACCCGGAAGACCAGAGCGCGGUGUUCCGUUGUUUAGAGUGUUAUAUCGAGUACACGAAUUACAACGAUCUACACCAACAUUACAUGGAUCACCACCCAGAAGCAAGUAACGUUCUCAACUUUAACCAGCCCGAUCUAGUCUACAUGUGUCGCUUCUGCUCCUAUACGAGUCCAAACGUCCGCAGCCUCAUGCCCCAUUACCAAAGAAUGCAUCCCACUGUCAAGAUCAACAACGCUAUGAUUUUUUCCAGUUAUUACGUAGAGCAGCCUGCCAAAACAGGCGAGUCGCAAACCCUCAGAGAGAUCUUAAACUCGGGGCCCAAGAGUUUGAGUUCAGCCGCUUCCAGUGUGAGGUCCAGCUCGAGUCCACACGGCAAAAGUGGCUCCAAGACUCCUGACAAUAGCACGGAUCUGGAGGUCAUUACAGAAGUGGGAGAUGGUAAUGUUGUCGUAUACGAUUGUGACAUGUGUUCCUUCGCCAGCCCAAACAUGCAUUCGGUUUUGGUUCACUAUCAAAAGAAGCACCCAGAGCAUAAAGCAUCUUAUUUCCGUAUUCAAAAAAAUAUGAAGGUUGUUUCUGUGGACCAGGGUAUGGGCUUGCAUGUUAGCGUAGCGUCGCCCUCAAAACCCUCUGUGAGUGCGAUUGCGUCCUAUGGGUCUGAUGAAGAAAUGUUCUACUGUAAGCAUUGUGUCUAUAGCAAUAGGUCAGUGGUCGGGGUAUUAGUCCAUUACCAAAAGAGACACCCAGAGGUGAAGGUGACGGCUAAAUAUAUAAAGAAUGGUCCACCGACUCAGGCCUUGAUGAAGUUAAUGGAUGAGUUACAGAUAGCGGCUCCUAAACAAUUCUUAAAGCAAAUUCAAAACAGUCGACAGGAAGAGUCCAACCCCAGUCCAGGAAAUGGAGACAAAGAUGAGCUUUUCUUCUGUCAGCACUGUGAUUACGGCAACCGCUCGGUGAAAGGGGUGCUCAUUCACUAUCAGAAGAAACACAAAGAAGCCAAGGCCAGUGCCGACCUGGUGCGACGUCACACCGCAGUGGUCCGGAGUCAACGCGAAAUGGUCCAGUCCAGCAGCGUGUCCUCCGCCAUCCUUGCCGUCCCGGACUGUGAGACCGGAACGCCACUGCGCUCGCUCAAGUGCAGACACUGCCUCUAUACGUCUCCUUAUGUUUAUGCUCUGAAAAAGCAUUUAAAGAAGGAGCAUCCCACUGUGAAAGCCACAGCUAUGACUAUUUUACACUGGGCGUACCAGGAUGGCGUCUUGGAGGCUGGCUACCACUGUGAAUGGUGCAUCUACUCUCAUGCGGAGCCUCAAGGUCUACUGGUCCACUACCAAAAACGCCAUCCGGAGCAUAAUGUCGAUUAUGCGUACAUGGCUAGCAAACUAUGGGCCGGACCAGAAACGCAAACAGGGAGCAAUGCAGAAACUAAACACUACAAAUGUAGAGACUGUGCUUUUGAAGCUUGCACCAUAUGGGACAUCACCAGUCACUAUCAAGCCAUUCACCCAUGGGUUAUAAAGGGAGACCAGUCCGUAUUGUUGGACAUUAUCCAAGGAACUGAGUCAGUAGAGAAAGCUCAGGCGUCUGUCCCCUGUGACGAGCCAUCUUUUGACUGUCAGCCGAUCGAGGAUGACUCCCCCCUGGUGAUCGCCACGCCCCCAAGAGAAACUCACUCUAACUCUCAUUCAGUGCACCCACGUCUUUCCAUCUCCACCAACUCCUACCAGUGCACGGUUUGUCUGUCCGAGUACAACAGCCUCCACGGCCUCCUCACUCACUACGGCAAGAAGCAUCCCGGCAUGAAAGUUAAAGCCGCGGAUUUCGCUCAGGAGGCCGACAUCAACCCCAGUUCUGUGUACAAAUGCAGACACUGUCCGUACGUGAAUUCUCGGAUCCACGGAGUCCUCACGCACUAUCAAAAAAGACACCCGCUUGUUAAAGUCACAGCCGAGGACUUUGCCGACGAUAUCGAACAAAUCACCGAUGUGCUGGAAGGAGACGACAAGUGCAAAACUCAACGGCAAGGAUUUGGCGCUUACCGGUGCAAGAUGUGUUCUUACACUCACGGGACGCUGGAGAAACUUAAAAUACACUACGAGAAAUGCCACAACCAGUCUGUCACUGAUAUACUAACUCCUUCUUUAACACAGUUUUCGAGUAAAGACGGCGAACUAGUUGCCGAGUGCAGUGCCUCAAACUCUGCCGGUGUUUCUCUAAUCCAAGAAUCGAGCGAAGUGGACUUUGGCGUGACUCGUCCUCCUGUGAACAAAACAGAAAAACAUGCAAUAUUUAAGUGUCAGCUCUGCAAAUACUUCUGCUCCACGAGGAAAGGCAUCGCCCGGCACUACCGCAUCAAGCACAACAACGUCCGAGCCCAGCCAGAGGGGAAGAACAACGUCUUCAAGUGCGCCCUGUGCCCUUACACCAACCCCAUUCGCAAAGGUCUGGCUGCGCACUACCAGAAACGCCAUGACAUCGACGCCUACUACACUCACUGUUUGGCCGCUUCCAAGACCAUGACGGACAAGCCAGUCAAAGUCCUCGCUCCCCCGCCCUUAGAAUCGGACACAAACUCCGAAAUGACCGAGGAGAUUCGCCUGGCGGUAGAGCAACGUAAGUGUUCCCUCUGUGCUUUCCAGGCCUUCAGCCGAAAGAGCAUCGUCUCACACUACAUCAAGCGCCACCCCGGUGUCUUCCCCAAGAAACAACAAACCAGCAAACUGGGAAGGUACUUCACGAUCAUCUACGCCAAAGACGAGCAAAGUGAGAAUAGCGCAAUGCAAGAAGAAGAAGAAGAAACCGCGGCUGUGGAAAUGCCGCUUCAGGAGGACAACGACGAGGAUACACUACCGUUCAAAUGCACCAAAUGCUUCCGGUUGUCGUUUAACUGCGGCGAGAUGCUGUCCAUGCAUUACAAUGACCACCACGGCGAAGACCUGAAGAGGGACUUCGGAGUGAUGCCUGGUCCGGAGGAGGAGGAGGACGAGGUGUACAAGUGUUCCCACUGCGAGCUCAGUUAUCAGAGUCUGGAAACGCUGGCCAAGCAUCUCAUGGGCCACAACGAGGAGUUCGAGAAAAGGGCCCUGAGGCAAGAGAGGAGGAAGAUUCUGCUGAGUAAAGUGAAGACCACGGAUGGGAAGGAGGAGAAGGAAACCCCGGACGACACCACUCCGAUCGGAUACAGGUGCAACUUCUGUACCGAGGUGCACACCACUCUGCGAGCCAUCUGUAACCACCUCCGGAAGCACGUGCAGUACGGAGAGGCCAAAGAAGGACAGGUCAAGCAGGAGGCGAGUGAAGUCCCGCUGACCCCGGCCUCAGAGACCCUCACCAACGGCGAUGUGGAGGUCCUGGGAUCCAACGGUCUUCAGGGUCUGGACCUGACGAGUCCCGACCCAGACCUGACCGAGCCGGAGGAGCUGCAGGCGGCGGCGGUGGUGACAGCUGUGCCGGGGGGCAAGGCGGCGGCGCUGGUGGCUGCCGCUCGGGCCAUGGCGUCCGGGACGAUGGUGAAGCAGCAGCGGCACUCGGACGGCGUAGGUCACCCCUGUGCGCAGUGCGACCGGGUCUUCAUGUCGAUGCAGGGUCUUCGCUCGCACGAGAGGAGCCACACGGCUAUGGCCAUGUUCAGCAAAGAGGACAAGUACAGCUGUCAGUACUGUCAGUUCGCCUCGCCGUUCAGGCACAACCUGGACAGACACAUACAGUCUCAUCACGGUCACCACAAACCCUUCAAGUGCAAGCUCUGUCCCUUUAAAUCCGCCUACAUGAACCGCCUGAAGAGCCACAUGCACAAGGCCCAUACAGCUCUGUCUCCCCCAUCUGUCUCCCACCUCUGUCUCUCACCUCUGUCUCCCACCUCUGUCUCCCAGCUCUGUCUCCCAGCUCUGUCUCCCACCUCUGUCUCUCACCUCUGUCUCUCACCUCUGUCUCCCACCUCUGUCUCUCACCUCUGUCUCCCACCUCUGUCUCUCACCUCUGUCUCUCACCUCUGUCUCCCACCUCUGUCUCCCACCUCUGUCUCCCAGCUCUGUCUCCUACCUCUGUCUCUCACCUUUGUCUCCCCCAUCUGUCUCCCACCUCUGUCUCCCCCAUCUGUCUCCCACCUCUGUCUCCCAGCUCUGUCUCCCACCUCUGUCUCCCACCUCUGUCUCCCAGCUCUGUCUCCCACCUCUGUCUCCCACCUCUGUCUCCCACCUCUGUCUCCCACCUCUGUCUCCCACCUCUGUCUCCCACCUCUGUCUCCCACCUCUGUCUCUCACCUCUGUCUCUCACCUCUGUCUCCCACCUCUGUCUCUCACCUCUGUCUCUCACCUCUGUCUCUCACCUCUGUCUCUCACCUCUGUCUCUCACCUCUGUCUCCCACCUCUGUCUCCCACCUCUGUCUCCCAGCUCUGUCUCCUACCUCUGUCUCUCACCUUUGUCUCCCCCAUCUGUCUCCCACCUCUGUCUCCCCCAUCUGUCUCCCACCUCUGUCUCCCAGCUCUGUCUCCCACCUCUGUCUCCCACCUCUGUCUCCCAGCUCUGUCUCCCACCUCUGUCUCCCACCUCUGUCUCCCACCUCUGUCUCCCACCUCUGUCUCCCACCUCUGUCUCCCACCUCUGUCUCCCACCUCUGUCUCCCACCUCUGUCUCUCACCUCUGUCUCCCACCUCUGUCUCCCACCUCUGUCUCUCACCUCUGUCUCUCACCUCUGUCUCUCACCUCUGUCUCCCACCCUGUCUCCCACCUCUGUCUCCCACCUCUGUCUCUCACCUCUGUCUCCCACCUCUGUCUCUCACCUCUGUCUCUCACCUCUGUCUCUCACCUCUGUCUCCCACCUCUGUCUCCCACCUCUGUCUCUCACCUCUGUCUCUCACCUCUGUCUCUCACCUCUGUCUCCCACCUCUGUCUCUCACCUCUGUCUCCCACCUCUGUCUCCCACCUCUGUCUCCCACCUCUGUCUCUCACCUCUGUCUCCCACCUCUGUCUCACACCUCUGUCUCCCACCUCUGUCUCUCACCUCUGUCUCCCACCUCUGUCUCUCACCUCUGUCUCCCACCUCUGUCUCCCACCUCUGUCUCUCACCUCUGUCUCUCACCUCUGUCUCCCACCUCUGUCUCUCACCUCUGUCUCUCACCUCUGUCUCCCACCUCUGUCUCUCACCUCUGUCUCUCACCUCUGUCUCCCACCUCUGUCUCCCACCUCUGUCUCUCACCUCUGUCUUUCACCUCUGUCUCCCACCUCUGUCUCUCACCUCUGUCUCUCACCUCUGUCUCCCACCUCUGUCUCCCACCUCUGUCUCUCACCUCUGUCUCCCACCUCUGUCUCCCACCUCUGUCUCUCACCUCUGUCUCUCACCUCUGUCUCCCACCUCUGUCUCCCACCUCUGUCUCCCACCUCUGUCUCCCACCUCUGUCUCCCACCUCUGUCUCCCACCUCUGUCUCCCACCUCUGUCUCUCACCUCUGUCUCCCACCUCUGUCUCCCACCUCUGUCUCUCACCUCUGUCUCUCACCUCUGUCUCCCACCUCUGUCUCCCACCUCUGUCUCCCACCUCUGUCUCCCACCUCUGUCUCCCACCUCUGUCUCCCACCUCUGUCUCCCACCUCUGUCUUUCACCUCUGUCUCCCACCUCUGUCUCUCACCUCUGUCUCCCACCUCUGUCUCCCACCUCUGUCUCCCACCUCUGUCUCUCACCUCUGUCUCCCACCUCUGUCUCCCACCUCUGUCUCUCACCUCUGUCUCUCACCUCUGUCUCCCACCUCUGUCUCCCACCUCUGUCUCCCACCUCUGUCUCCCACCUCUGUCUCUCACCUCUGUCUCUCACCUCUGUCUCCCACCUCUGUCUCCCACCUCUGUCUCUCACCUCUGUCUCUCACCUCUGUCUCCCACCUCUGUCUCUCACCUCUGUCUCCCACCUCUGUCUCCCACAUCUGUCUCCCACCUCUGUCUCCCACCUCUGUCUCUCACCUCUGUCUCCCACCUCUGUCUCUCACCUCUGUCUCCCACCUCUGUCUCUCACCUCUGUCUCCCACCUCUGUCUCUCACCUCUGUCUCCCACCUCUGUCUCUCACCUCUGUCUCCCACCUCUGUCUCCCACCUCUGUCUCUCACCUCUGUCUCCCACCUCUGUCUCCCACCUCUGUCUCCACCUCUGUCUCCCACUUCUGUCUCUCACAUCUGUCUCUCACCUGUCUCUCACAUCUGUCUCUCACAUCUGUCUCUCACCUGUCUCUCACCUCUGUCUCCCACCUCUGUCUCUCACCUCUGUCUCCCACCUCUGUCUCUCACCUCUGUCUCCCACCUCUGUCUCUCACCUCUGUCUCCCACCUCUGUCUCCCACCUCUGUCUCUCACCUCUGUCUCCCACCUCUGUCUCUCACCUCUGUCUCCCACCUCUGUCUCUCACCUCUGUCUCCCACCUCUGUCUCCCACCUCUGUCUCCCACCUCUGUCUCCCACCUCUGUCUCUCACCUCUGUCUCCCACCUCUGUCUCUCACCUCUGUCUCCCACCUCUGUCUCUCACCUCUGUCUCUCCCACCUCUGUCUCUCACCUCUGUCUCUCACCUCUGUCUCUCACCUCUGUCUCCCACCUCUGUCUCCCACCUCUGUCUCUCACCUCUGUCUCCCACCUCUGUCUCCCACCUCUGUCUCCCACCUCUGUCUCUCACCUCUGUCUCCCACCUCUGUCUCCCACCUCUGUCUCCCACCUCUGUCUCUCACCUCUGUCUCCCACCUCUGUCUCUCACCUCUGUCUCCCACCUCUGUCUCCCACCUCUGUCUCUCACCUCUGUCUCUCACCUCUGUCUCCCACCUCUGUCUCUCACCUCUGUCUCCCACCUCUGUCUCUCACCUCUGUCUCUCACCUCUGUCUCUCACCUCUGUCUCCCACCUCUGUCUCACACCUCUGUCUCCCACCUCUGUCUCCCACCUCUGUCUCCCACCUCUGUCUCCCACCUCUGUCUCCCACCUCUGUCUCCCACCUCUGUCUCCCACCUCUGUCUCUCACCUCUGUCUUUCACCUCUGUCUCCCACCUCUGUCUCUCACCUCUGUCUCUCACCUCUGUCUCCCACCUCUGUCUCCCACCUCUGUCUCUCACCUCUGUCUCCCACCUCUGUCUCCCACCUCUGUCUCCCACCUCUGUCUCUCACCUCUGUCUCUCACCUCUGUCUCCCACCUCUGUCUCCCACCUCUGUCGCUCACCUCUGUCUCUCACCUCUGUCUCCCACCUCUGUCUCUCACCUCUGUCUCCCACCUCUGUCUCCCACAUCUGUCUCCCACCUCUGUCUCCCACCUCUGUCUCUCACCUCUGUCUCCCACCUCUGUCUCUCACCUCUGUCUCCCACCUCUGUCUCUCACCUCUGUCUCCCACCUCUGUCUCUCACCUCUGUCUCCCACCUCUGUCUCUCACCUCUGUCUCCCACCUCUGUCUCCCACCUCUGUCUCUCACCUCUGUCUCCCACCUCUGUCUCCCACCUCUGUCUCUCACCUCUGUCUCCCACUUCUGUCUCUCACAUCUGUCUCUCACCUGUCUCUCACAUCUGUCUCUCACAUCUGUCUCUCACCUGUCUCUCACCUCUGUCUCCCACCUCUGUCUCUCACCUCUGUCUCCCACCUCUGUCUCCCACCUCUGUCUCUCACCUCUGUCUCCCACCUCUGUCUCUCACCUCUGUCUCCCACCUCUGUCUCUCACCUCUGUCUCCCACCUCUGUCUCCCACAUCUGUCUCCCACCUCUGUCUCCCACAUCUGUCUCCCACCUCUGUCUCCCACCUCUGUCUCUCACCUCUGUCUCUCACCUCUGUCUCUCACCUCUGUCUCCCACCUCUGUCUCUCACCUCUGUCUCUCACCUCUGUCUCUCACCUCUGUCUCCCACCUCUGUCUCCCACCUCUGUCUCUCACCUCUGUCUCCCACCUCUGUCUCCCACCUCUGUCUCCCACCUCUGUCUCUCACCUCUGUCUCCCACCUCUGUCUCCCACCUCUGUCUCCCACCUCUGUCUCUCACCUCUGUCUCCCACCUCUGUCUCUCACCUCUGUCUCCCACCUCUGUCUCCCACCUCUGUCUCUCACCUCUGUCUCUCACCUCUGUCUCCCACCUCUGUCUCUCACCUCUGUCUCCCACCUCUGUCUCUCACCUCUGUCUCUCACCUCUGUCUCUCACCUCUGUCUCCCACCUCUGUCUCACACCUCUGUCUCCCACCUCUGUCUCCCACCUCUGUCUCCCACCUCUGUCUCCCACCUCUGUCUCCCACCUCUGUCUCCCACCUCUGUCUCCCACCUCUGUCUCUCACCUCUGUCUUUCACCUCUGUCUCCCACCUCUGUCUCUCACCUCUGUCUCUCACCUCUGUCUCCCACCUCUGUCUCCCACCUCUGUCUCUCACCUCUGUCUCCCACCUCUGUCUCCCACCUCUGUCUCCCACCUCUGUCUCUCACCUCUGUCUCUCACCUCUGUCUCCCACCUCUGUCUCCCACCUCUGUCUCUCACCUCUGUCUCUCACCUCUGUCUCCCACCUCUGUCUCUCACCUCUGUCUCCCACCUCUGUCUCCCACAUCUGUCUCCCACCUCUGUCUCCCACCUCUGUCUCUCACCUCUGUCUCCCACCUCUGUCUCUCACCUCUGUCUCCCACCUCUGUCUCUCACCUCUGUCUCCCACCUCUGUCUCUCACCUCUGUCUCCCACCUCUGUCUCUCACCUCUGUCUCCCACCUCUGUCUCCCACCUCUGUCUCUCACCUCUGUCUCCCACCUCUGUCUCCCACCUCUGUCUCUCACCUCUGUCUCCCACUUCUGUCUCUCACAUCUGUCUCUCACCUGUCUCUCACAUCUGUCUCUCACAUCUGUCUCUCACCUGUCUCUCACCUCUGUCUCCCACCUCUGUCUCUCACCUCUGUCUCCCACCUCUGUCUCCCACCUCUGUCUCUCACCUCUGUCUCCCACCUCUGUCUCUCACCUCUGUCUCCCACCUCUGUCUCUCACCUCUGUCUCCCACCUCUGUCUCCCACAUCUGUCUCCCACCUCUGUCUCCCACAUCUGUCUCCCACCUCUGUCUCCCACCUCUGUCUCUCACCUCUGUCUCUCACCUCUGUCUCCCACCUCUGUCUCUCACCUCUGUCUCUCACCUCUGUCUCCCACCUCUCUCCCACCUCUGUCUCUCACCUCUGUCUCCCACCUCUGUUCCCACCUCUGUCUCCCACCUCUGUCUCUCACCUCUGUCUCCCACCUCUGUCUCUCACCUCUGUCUCCCACCUCUGUCUCCCACCUCUGUCUCUCACCUCUGUCUCUCACCUCUGUCUACCACCUCUGUCUCCCACCUCUGUCUCUCACCUCUGUCUCACCUCUGUCUCCCACCUCUGUCUCUCACCUCUGUCUCCCACCUCUGUCUCCCACCUCUGUCUCUCACCUCUGUCUCUCACCUCUGUCUCUCACCUCUGUCUCCCACCUCUGUCUCUCACCUCUGUCUCUCACCUCUGUCUCCCACCUCUGUCUCUCACCUCUGUCUCUCACCUGUCUCCCACCUCUGUCUCUCACCUCUGUCUCUCACCUCUGUCUCCCACCUCUGUCUCCCACCUCUGUCUCUCACCUCUGUCUCUCACCUCUGUCUCCCACCUCUGUCUCCCACAUCUGUCUCCCACCUCUGUCUCCCACAUCUGUCUCCCACCUCUGUCUCCCACCUCUGUCUCUCACCUCUGUCUCUCACCUCUGUCUCCCACCUCUGUCUCCCACCUCUGUCUCCCACCUCUGUCUCUCACCUCUGUCUCUCACAUCUGUCUCCCACCUCUGUCUCUCACCUCUGUCUCCCACCUCUGUCUCCCACCUCUGUCUCCCACCUCUGUCUCUCACCUCUGUCUCUCACCUCUGUCUCCCACCUCUGUCUCCCACCUCUGUCUCUCACCUGUCUCCCACCUCUGUCUCUCACCUCUGUCUCCCACCUCUGUCUCUCACCUCUGUCUCCCACCUCUGUCUCCCACCUCUGUCUCUCACCUCUGUCUCCCACCUCUGUCUCCCACCUCUGUCUCUCACCUCUGUCUCUCACCUCUGUCUCCCACCUCUGUCUCUCACCUCUGUCUCCCACCUCUGUCUCCCACCUCUGUCUCUCACCUCUGUCUCCCACCUCUGUCUCCCACCUCUGUCUCCCACCUCUGUCUCCCACCUCUGUCUCUCACCUCUGUCUCCCACCUCUGUCUCUCACCUCUGUCUCUCACCUCUGUCUCCCACCUCUGUCUCACACCUCUGUCUCUCACCUCUGUCUCCCACCUCUGUCUCUCACCUCUGUCUCUCACCUCUGUCUCCCACCUCUGUCUCCCACCUCUGUCUCUCACCUCUGUCUCCCACCUCUGUCUCCCACCUCUGUCUCUCACCUCUGUCUCUCACCUCUGUCUCCCACCUCUGUCUCACAACUGUGGUUGUGUGUCCAGGUGAGACGCACAUGUACAAGUGUCUGUCGUGUGCGUUCUCCUCCACCACCAUCAGUCAGCUGAAGGAGCACUCGCAGAGGGACCACGGGGAGACGCUGACGCUUCCCAAGCUGCGGGCCGCGACCCAGGCAGCACACCUGUCCAUGAAGCCACGCCUCAGCUCUCACUCGGACCAGGGCCCUCUCUCUCUGGCUGAUGAUCCCUCGUACCUGGAGCCAGUGGACGUCCGGCAGCAGCUGAGUCAGUACCAGUUGGCCUCUCGCUCUCAGAUGUGCGGGUCCUCGGGGACGGGGGGGGCCUCUGCGGUGAGUGACCAUCGUCCAGAGGGGGUCUACACCUGCGAGUACUGCGAGUUCAGCUCCGGCUACAUCCAGAGCGUCAGGCGCCACUACAGGGACCGCCACGGCGGACAGAAGCUUUUCAAGUGCAAAGACUGUCACUUCUUCACCUGCAGCAAGGAGACUCUGGCGAAACACGCAGAGGCCGGUCACAGCAGCAGCAGCAGCAGCCUCAGCGUUCCCGAGGAGCCCCUGAAAGACCUGCGCUGCCCCCUGUGUCUGUACCACACCAAGAGCAAGAGCAACAUGAUCGACCACAUCGUCCUCCACCGAGAGGAGCGUGUGGCGCCGUUGGAGGUGAGCCGGUCCAAACUGUCCCGUCACCUCCAGGGCCUGGUGUUCCGCUGCCACAAGUGCACUUUCACCUGCUCCAGCGACCAGGCCCUGCAGACCCACCUCCACAAGCACCAGGCCGAGGUGAAGCCGUACCAGUGCCAGCUCUGCUACUACGACAGCAGCCGCAAGAGCCAGCUGGAGGAGCACCUCCGCCUGCAGCACAAGGUCAUCCGUAACUUUGAGCUGAUGGGUCGUGUGAACCUGGACCGACUGGAGAUGGUCAAAGAUCCCAGCAGCAGCAGCGCAGAGGAGGAGGAAGAGGAGCACGAGGAGACGCAGGCCGAGGAGGAGGAGGAGGAGGAGGCGGGACCUGUCAUUGAGGACGACGUCAUGGAGGACACUGAAGCCGGAGAGGAAGUGAGAGAGACAGACCAGGACGAGCCCAUGGAACUGAACACACAUGAGGAGGAAAGACAAGAACCAUCCGAAGACACGAAGGAAACAACUGAAGAAAUUUCCAGGGUUCCAGAGGUCCGGUCCUCUCCGACCAGCAGCGGCGGCGGCACCGGGCUGAACGGCGAGGAGGGGAAACGUCUUCCGUGUGAGUUCUGUGGACGCUGCUUCACCAACAGCUCUGAGUGGGAGCGCCACGUUCAACGCCACGGCAUGGUGAUCCAUAGUCCUCCCACAGACACCAGCAGCUGCUCGGCGACAGAGGCCUCGUCGACCCAGGCCUCCACACAGGAGCCUGGACUGGACCUGUCCCACACUGUCAGGGAGGACCAGGACCUUCGUACCGAGCCCCAGACCCAGAGCCCGAGCCGACGCGAGGAGCACGACGGCGGGAUCCUCCACACCACAAAUGAUCCUCAGUUGGUGUGA